AUGGCGGCAUUUUACCUUGUGCUGUUGUACCUCGCGUCUUGCGGCGGUCAGUUUCAUGACGAGAUGCAGUCCUACGACCCAGAGUGCCUGGGAGAGGACGUGUUCCACUGCGUGGACGGGAGUUGCGUGGCGCAAGCGAAGUACUGCGAUGGCGUCUUUGAUUGCGCGGACGGCACGGACGAGAAUUUCUGCGUCAACCACCUACCCGACGCCGUCCUGUGCAACCAAACGCACCAGUACAUGUGCCAGGAUAAGAAACGGUGCGUGCCCAGCGUGUGGGUCUGCAACAACGAGACCGAUUGCGAGGAUGGAAGCGACGAGCUGAACUGUACCGCUUUGCCGGCUUCUUCGACGAACUCGUCGUGCAAAGGGUUCGUUUGCGACGGCGGUCGCUGCAUAUCGAAGUUGUGGACCUGUGACGGCGUUUACGACUGCAAGGACCGGACCGAUGAGGACAUAGACAAUACGUGCAGGCACGCACUCUUCCCGCACACAGUAAACGAUGGCCUCGCAUGUAACGAAUUCACAGGCCUAGGAACCAGGAACUAUAAAUGUCUGGAUUCGUCUUUCUGUCUGUCCCAAGACCAAAUGUGUGAUGGCAUCAAAGACUGCAGGGAUGGUACUGAUGAAGGAGCAUUCUGCGCUAAAUGGCAUACAAUGUGCUUGAACUUUACUUGCGGUGGAAAUAACACGUCCUGCAGUCCAGAACGUAAUGGACCGGUGUGCAUUUGUCUAGGCUCGUUCUCAUUGAAACAGUAUAACUACACCACACACCAAUGCGAGGACGUGAACGACUGCCAACAAGCGAGGCCACAGUGCUCGCAUACCUGUGAGAACAAGAACGGAUUCUUCACAUGCCAAUGCGACUACGGUUACGUGAAAGACGCAUUUGGGUAUCUCUGCUAUGCGCCAGGUCCAGAGGCGCUACUGUUCUUCAGUACACGGAACGACAUAAGAUACGUUUCAGUGAAAUCGAAGCAGCAGGUCGUUGUCGCGUCGGGAAUUAAACAGGCUCACGGCGUAUCUUACGAUGGCAGCCAUUUAUAUUGGGUGGAGACGGCUAAAGGCCACCAGUCCAUUGUGAGGGCACAGCUAGACAACAUCCACGAUUCGAAAGAAGUCCUUGUCGGUCUGGGCUUGGAAGACCCGGGCGACAUAGCGGUCGACUGGCUCGGCGGGAACAUCUACUUUAGCGACGCGGAACGCGGGAUCAUAUCCGCUUGCCGCAACGACGGCUCCGUUUGUGCCACCAUACGAACGGAGACUAGGCAUCCGAAAUUCGUGACCCUGGACGUCAAAAAUGGUUUGAUGUAUUGGGCGGAUUGGCACAACCGAGCGGUCAUCAUGGAGGCCCGCAUGGACGGUACCCGGGCCGAGGUCAUCGUGGACAGCCUCCAGGGCUUCGCCACCGGCCUCACCGUCGACCUGCCCAACGGCCGCCUGUACUUCGUGGACAAAACCAUCAAGGUGGUGAAAAUCGACGACAGGAAAAUCUAUCUCCUAUUCGAGGAGCCCUUCCACCAUCCGUACUCCAUCGCGGUGUUCGAGAACACAGUGUUCUGGAGCGACUGGACCACCAACACGCUCCAGACCAUGGACAAACUGCACGGCAGCUCCGAGAAGAGGAACGUUCUCUUGUCUCUGGACGUGCCCGUUUUCGACAUGCACGUUUACCAUCCGGUGAUGAUGAACCGUUCUUCGAACCCGUGCGAGCACGCGAGCUGCACCCACUUGUGCCUGAUCACCUCGAACGCAACACACGUCUGCGCCUGCCCCGACGGAAUGGAACUGGUGGCCGAUGGGAGCUGCAAGCAUGCCGUGGACUAUCGAGCUCAAUACCUGGUGAUCGGCGGAGGCGCCUCGUUCACCCGUCUGAAGUACGACGCACUUGGCAACCCGGAGAGUCACGCCACCCACUUCGACAUCGGCAGGGUUCAGGCAAUGGCCCACGACAACGUCAGGGAUGUUCUUUACGUUUACGAUGGACAGCGUAAGAGCAUAAACUACAUAGGUAUGGAGGAGUUCACACUGGGCGUGACCCAUCUGUUAAUAUACAGCGGCUUGGAGAACGUCGUCGAUAUGGCCUAUGAUUACGCGACUGACUCGCUGUAUUUCCUGGAUUCGGGACGGCGCGUUGUAGAAGUGGUUUCCUUGAGGACCCAACAGAGGGCGCCGUUGUAUCGCUUCCGCGACGGAGAGAUCCCCGUCAGCUUGUGUAUCAUGUCCGACUACGGGAGGAUGCUUGUGGCACUCGUGGAGAAUGAAAUGGGCGACGAGAUCCACGUGGACAGUUUCGGACUCGACGGCGAAAAUAGGAAACACGUCCUGUUGAACAACCUAAUGGGUCCGUACGUCCGUCUUCGUUACGCCCAGAACAUGGAUGUGGUGUUCGUGUCCGACGAGGGACGCGGCACCAUCGAUUUCGUCCAUCCCGAAGGAACCGGCAGGGAGAACUUCCGCGAGAUGUCGAACAGCAUCGCGAGCCUGGCGGCCACGGACAACCACGUCUUCUGGACGGACAGGCGCACCGCCAAGCUGUUCUGGUCUGACGUCCACGAGGUGACGCACAAGAUACGCCGGAUCGAGCUAUCGAUCUUCCCCAACAAUACGCAGCUGCACGUACUAGCCACGACCGCGGCCCCCAGCGCGGACAGUCCGCUGGUGAAGCAUCCCUGUCUGACCCGGAACCUGUGCUCGCACGUGUGCGUCCAACAAGCCCACCCUACGCCCCACCAGUCCCCCACCAACUUCACCAUGGGACACCGUUGCCUCUGUCCCCCUGGUUUGCUGCUGAAAGACGGCAACUGCACGAAAGUCGUCAGCUGUAGGGACGACGAGUUCUACUGCCACAGGACGAACGAGUGCUUCUCGAUGAGCCAGAAAUGCGACGGGAAGAAGGACUGCCUCUUCGGGGAAGAUGAAGAAGGUUGUGCGGUGCCAGGCCCAAAUAAACAUGAUGAAACAGUCUGCUCCCCGAUGGAAACACUCUGCGAUGGAGUUUGCAUCAGCAAGAACGAGAUUUGCAAAGCGCACUCGCCUCCUGAUAUGCUGGAGUGCAGCGCCACGCAGUUUCUGUGCCUGGACGGCGCCGCGUGCGUUGAGAGGGCGCUGGUGUGCGACGGCCGCGCCGACUGCCUCGACGCGUCCGACGAGCGGCCCGCCUCCUGCGACACCCUCUCCUGCUUCACGACGGAGUUCAUGUGCGCGUCUGGCUCCUGCAUACCGAUAAACUGGCGUUGCGACGGAAGCGAGGACUGCGUGGAUGGCUCGGAUGAGGUGGAAUGUGAGAAUAGGACCUGUGGCCCUGGCCACUAUCAGUGUCGCAAUGGCGAGUGCAUCGAGCUGAGCAAGCGGUGCGACAACGCGACUGACUGCUUCGACCAGACCGAUGAGGAUGGGUGCGGCCUAAACGAAGGCUUUGAGGCUUUGGAAGAGAAAACCCGUUGCCAGCCAGGGGAGUAUGUCUGCGAACGCAACCAAAGCAUCUGUUUACCGCCAACAGCUCGCUGCAACGCGAAGGUCGAGUGUCCGGGCGGCACGGACGAGGCCGGCUGCGACUUCCGGUGCGCGCCGCACGGGCUGUUCGAGUGCCGGCAGCAGCUGGCGUGCGUCGCCAGGGCGAUGGUGUGCGACGGCCGCAACGACUGCUCCGACGGCUCGGACGAGACGCCGGACGCGUGUCGGAGGGUUAACAAAACAUUGUCCCACGGCGACUUUUAUCCGGCGGCCGAGUGUCACAACGGCUACCUAUGCGACAACGGACAGUGCGUGGAGUGGAUCGAAGUAUGCGACGGCACGCCGAAUUGCUUCGACGGCACCGACGAGAACGGGAUGUGCGAGGCGGGAUGCGUGGCACUGCGCUGCGCGCAGGGCUGCCACUCGACGCCUCGCGGUCCUCGCUGUACGUGCGCGCGUGGCUACCGCUUCCAGCCCCCGGCGGGCUGCGCUGACGUGGACGAGUGCGCGAUGGCCGUCUGCUCGCAGGGCUGCCGCAACACGCCCGGUUCCUUCAUCUGCUCCUGCCACCGCGGCUACGCGCUCAGGUCGGACCGUCGCUCCUGCAAGGCGGUCCGGGGCAGCGUGUCCGUGGUGUACGCGUCCGGAAACGCUGUGCGCUCCGUGUACCCGGACUACAAGGUGCGCCUGGAGUACCACGACGCGGCGGUGGGCGCUAUCUCGGACCUCGACGUCAACGUCAGGAAGAGUCUGUUAUACGUGGCUUCAGCGUCGACCGGCAAGCUAAUAGAAGUAGCGGUUGAGUGGAUAACCGGCAACGUGUACUUCGUGGACAGCACGCCGGAUAAGAGCUGCUUAAGGGUUUGCAAUGUGCAGAAGAGGAGGUGCGCCAAGCUGCAAACGCUGCCUUCAGACACCGAGGUGACCGCGCUGGUUGUGGAUCCGGCGGUCGGGCGAAUGUUCUACUGCCUGCGCUCCUCGCUGGAGGCGAUCGUCAGGGGUGCCGCGCUAAGCGGCCGGCGCCCCAGCCGGCUGGCAACCCUAGCGAGCUGCACCGGGCUCGCUGCCGACCCCUACGCGCGCCGCCUCUACGCCGCCGAGACGGCGCCCUCCCGCCUCGUAGCUAUGGACUACGACGGCGGCAACAUCGAGACGGUGGUGAGCGACGAGCGGCACCUGCAGGCGCCGCGCGGGCUCGCGCUGUUCGAGGGCUCGCUGUUCUACCUCGCCGCGAACACGCUGAAGCUGAACCGCUGCCACGCGUGGGGCGCGCGCGGCUGCGAGCCGUACCUCUACCUGGUCGACGCGAGCACGUUCGUGCUGCGCCACGAGGCGUUGCAGCGUGACGACGUGUUCGAUCCGUGCGCGCGUCUCGUGUGCGACGGCGUGUGCGUGCUGGAGUCGGCGGGCGCGGCGUGCCUUUGCGCCGACGGCUCGACCGCCGCGCGCUGCCCGACGCCGCCCCGCGCUCAGCUGCCACUUUUCAACGGCUGGUCACAGCAGGACUACGAGAGCGCUCACCACUACAACUACACGCUGAUCACCAUCGUGUUGCUCCUUUUCGCCGCAUACUUCUGUCUCUUUCUGUACUACCAUUUCGUGCGCUCUCCGUCCAAAGGCCGUGCCGGGGAAUAUAUGCAAGUAAGGUACCAAAAUAAUGCCUCCGAGGGCGUAACUCAACUUGGCCUGGAUAACCCGAUCAUCGAAAUGCCAACUGCGGGUGGUAUCGCGCAUGAAUUCGUGAAUCCGCUCCAGUUCGUCAGAGACAUCUGGCGGCAGUCAUUCCACAGGGGCCGUCCGAUUGGCACUGCUGGAUUAAUUUUUGAAACACCACAGUCGCAGCAAGACUCGGACACAGAAUCAGAUUUGGAUGGGAGAGAAACAAAGAGAAUAAUGAGAAAU